AAAAAAAAGAGUCUUCGUUCUUGAACCAGUUGCACCGAAUAGCGAACAUAGUAAGUAGCACCGGAUCAAAACCGCGGCGAUAUGGAGGGAGGAGAGGAACAACGAGCUCAGGGAGACAGUGAUUGCAACUCAGAAACCCUAAUCUCAAAACCAAAACCGCUUGAUCCACCGUCCAUAUCUCCCCGACCCGGAUCCAAUUCUUCUGAGGAUGACCGCACCGAAUCGAGAUCCGCUCUCGACCAGACAGAGAUGUUCAGAGCCCUCGAAGUCUUGGAGAGAGACUCCGUUGCCAUCGCUGAGAGCUUCACUUCUCUCUUUGCUUCUCUUCGCUUAGCUCUCUCUGAGGUUACUGGUAGCUCGGUUGAUCAUAUGCAUUGCUUCAACGAUGCCGCAGGCCGCCUUCAAGAAUCUGUUCUUGAUUCAGCAACCAAGGGUAAUCGGUACAUAAAUUCAUGUCUAAGAUUAAAUGAGGAGAUGAAGGGUGUAGACAGUCUAGCUAAGCAGCUAAAAAUCCUGAGGAGAAAUGUAGAUGCUAUGGACUCAGGUGUGAACAGGCUCCUCCGUCUUCCAUGAAUGAAAUCUUCUUGAAUGAACUAGAGAGAUUUCGGUUCCUGAAAAAUGAGGCAAAAUUGUUAUUUUACUUUUUUUUUUACUCUCAUUUUUAAGGAAUGAACCGGAGAGGAUCCGAUUUCGUUGGCUCGGUUUGGUAAAUGGUUGUACUAAGAAAUUUUUGUUUGAAUAGUAAUAAAAAGUGAUUGAUGUGAUAUAAAAUAGAAAAAAGUUUGGAAUUGUUUUAUAAAAAAGUGAAAAAGUUUUAUUUUGUA